AUGAUUCCCAACACCACCCCUGCUCACAUUAUAUAUAUUCAUGCAUCUUCGUGGCUCGACUUCAUAGACCAAAACAACAUUAUUACAACCAGACACAGAGAGAGUGAGAAAGAUUAAUGGCUUCCAAAGAGAAAAAGCAUAAGAAAUUAGGAGAUUUCUUGAGCACUUUUUAUAGGUCCAAUGCUAAAAGUCAGAAGCCGAAAUCAGAGCCUGCUGUACUGGUAAAUAACAACAAGUCGGUUUCACAGAGUUUAUUGUUGAAUAAACUGGAAAAUGGUCAUGCUAUAGAGAAAGCUGGCCGGAGAGGAAUCGAAAAAGAAGGUACUGAAGGAGAGGAAGGCGGCGGAGGAAAGGUGGUAGUUGUUCAAGGAAGAAAGUCAGUAUCCCACAUUGAAACGAAUUUAUCAUCAGUGAUUUCGUUUCUUCAGGUGAAAGUUUUGGUUGCCGACAUGCCAGGGUUCAUGCAAGUGCAUGCCUUCCGCUGUGCCAGAAGAACUUACGAUAGCUUAGAGAAGUUUAGCUCAAGGCACGUCGCUUAUAACAUCAAGAAGGAAUUUGAUAAAGUUUAUGGACCGGCCUGGCAUUGUAUUGUGGGCUCAAAUUUCGGCUCAUUUGUUACACAUUCAACAGGUUGCUUUCUUUAUUUCUCAAUGGAGAAGUUGUACAUUUUAAUAUUUAAAACAAAAGUUAGGAGGGUUGAAAAUUAAGAGUUAAAAAGAUAAUUGAAGGCUAUUAAUCAAAAAAUCUAUUUUUUUUUAAAAUUUUGUAUGUUUUUUCGUCAGCAUGAUGUUUGUAAAUUUUAAACAAAUUACUGUAAUAGUAUAACUGUGAAAGAUUAUUAUAAAUUCCUAUACAAAUUAUUUUAUUUUAAUGAUGACUCAUAAUCUAAUAGAUUCAACCAUUAAUAAUUCCAAGGAUAGGACAAUUUGCAUACCUAAUAACUAUUUAAUACUAAAUAAUAGUAUUUUAGAUGGGAAAGAUUUUACCAACAACUAGAUUUACAUCAUUUUAAUACAAAUAGUGACAGGUUAUAGUUUUUCGUUGUUUUACUGACUUUUUCUGAAA